CCAGUGUAAAGAAGAAUUCAGCGUAGACAGAGAAGACAUCUGUGCCUUGCCAGAGUAUGACGAUUCAAUGGGUAACCGUUGAUGAUGUGAUCUAUUCAAUAGUACAGUGUAGCGAUUGUUGUAACGGAUUAACUGACAAGCUGCUCUGUAGAAAUGGGAGUGGCCAAAAGCAAACAGAAGACAAGAGAUGACCUGAAGGUGCAGAUUCAAGAGUUCAAUUCUCGCUUACAAACGGCCCUGAUAGGCUGCCACCAGGCGAAGAAAACUUUCAUCACAUUGUCGGACGUGUGGUGCGGCAGUCGACAAGAGGUCCUCUCUACUCUGAAUACGGUUGCCGAGAAAAUUGAUAAGCACCAUCAAAACGUCAACUUAGCCACCCUCGCAGGCAUAUCAUCAAGUAUCGCCGGAGGAGCGGCUGGCAUUGGAGGAUUGAUUUUGGCUCCAAUGAGUGGUGGUCUUUCUCUGGCUUUAUCGGCUGGAGGACUGGUCGGCACAGUGGCCGGUUCUGCAACGACACUUGGGGCAAGCAUUGCUGAAGUUUACCUCACCAAGGAUCUCACAGAAAAGGUUCAAAAAGUUCUAGAAACCGACGCAUUUUACACGAAAGCUUUGAGUGCAGCUUUUAAAGAAAUAAUACUGCACGAACAGGAAGUCAUUUCAAUCAUAUCUGAACUGAAAAACGAAGCUAUGCUAGAAGACCUCGAAAAAGUCAUGAGAUCGUCCCCAUGUUGCGACGAGAUAAAGAGGCGUUUUUCCCAUUUGAAAGAAGGUGCCAAUUCCCUUGAAGAUAUUCUUAUUCUGGUGAAAAGUCUGUAUCCAGAAGAUCAAGAGUUCUUGCACCAACUAAAGAAAACUGAUGAUUUGUUCGGUGAAGCGCCAACUUUGUCGUCGACUCUUUCUUCCUCGUCUGAGUUCUUUCAGGCCGUCAAAGAGUUGACCACUGUGGGGCCAGAGACUCUGAAGAGCAUCAGUGGAGCGGCCCUACAAAGUACAGCUGCGAGCAGUGCCCAGAUAGCCUCUUGCACUACUCAGAUAAUAACGGCGGGACUGGGGGCAGUUUUCGUGGCGCUAGAUAUAUAUCAAUUUAUGAAAACGUCAAAGAAUUAUGAUCAAGGCUCUAAAACUGAGUUGGCCAACAAAAUGAGAAACGUGGCAGAGGACCUUGAGAAGGAAAGACAACAAAUAAUGAAAUUAAAUGAAUAUUACAGACGGCAAAUACAUGUGGACUUAAUGAGUGAUUCAUCCUAGCAUUGAUUUGUUUGUGGUUUUAAAUAGUACAUAAUUCCGUCUUCAUGGACUACAACUUGUGAUACAUUGUGUGUACAAAAUCGCAUUUGAUUUCAGAUUACAGAUGUGAUAUUAUUUUAAAGAAUAUUUAAUUCAUAUGAAAAUUAAAACACUAUUUUUUCGACAAUUAUUUCAUAUUUCACCUACAAAUUUUGAAGAAUGCUACUAGCAGAAGAUUCUAGAUUCUAAAUUGACUAUUUUCAUUGAUUGAUUUAGAAGCAAUCAUUGCUUUUUUAAAUUAUAAAUUUUUUUAAACUGAUUAAUGAAAUUCAGUCAACACAUCUACAAUUCUGCAUUCGAUAACACAGUUUCCAUAUUAGACAGAGCCAAAAUUGGAAUAGUUUUAGAGUAACAAGAUAUUUUAACAAACACUUUUCUUAAAAUCGGUAGCAAAUCGAAUUUUUUCUCCAAUAACACAUCAUUCUGUAAAAAGGAUUUUAUCAUAACAUAUUAGAAUACACCUUAUAUAGUACGAAUUUUUUACAUUAAUAUUAGCGUCUAGCAACAUUGUUUCGCUCAAAAUAAUUUUGAUACAACAUGAAGUGCAUAAAUCAUGUAACAGAAGAGUUGAAAUGUGCCUCAAAAAUCUUUUAUAAAUCACCUCAAAUGAGGUUAUAUAUUUUAAGAAAAUAAAAAAUAUAUAUAUUUACAUACAUAAUAACGAUUUUAUUUGUACAAAUGCAUUUAAGAUUAUUAAAAAAUUAAUUAUUCAAAUAAUUUUGAUUUUUUUUUGUUUACUAUCAUACUUAUUUCAACUUUUGCAGAUUUCUAUGAUAAUCCUGUUAUUUCCCUAGAAGAAUGUUGGCGAAAACGACAUGUAUUUUAUGAAAUGUGUGAUUUUCUUAGACUUUCUGUGAUAAAUGCUUAUUUGUAUAAAAAUUUCAUUUUUUUUCUUUA